AUGGCCGAAGGCUUGCAUUGCAAGGCGGCGGCGUACUUCGAAAGGGUCAAGCAGAGGGUACCUCUGUCACAAGGCUACACUCCAGCUGGUUCCGGAUCCAUCGACCCAUACGCAUGCGCUAAUAUCCAGAAUGCCAACAGUGCUGGACUCGGCACAGAAGUGUACAUGACCCCACAGCCGAACUCUGCAAAGUCCGGUGCUCAGCAGUUUGACGAAAUGUAG